AUGAAAGGACAACCCAAGUCCCGCUCUGGAUGUCAGGCGUGCAAGAGUAAGAGGCUCAAAUGUGACGAGGCUAAGCCAAGCUGUCAUAAUUGUCUGGCGCGAAAAGUUGCUUGUCCGGGAUAUCAGCAGACGCUCAAGUGGUCAACCAAAUAUGAGCGUCGAAAAAAAGACAAAUCUACCGACCCUCCUGGCUUUGAUCAACUCAUCUCUGCCGCAUCUUUGUCUGUGCAAGAGCGUCGUAGCUCUAAUGUUGAGAUAAGUCAACAUCGAAACAGCAGACGAUCGUCUAGCUCGUCAAAUCAAGCAAACCUCUCCCCUGCGCUUCCACCCGCUAGCACAUUCUCUUCCCUCGACUCAAGUACCACACAUGAAGAAGUUGAUCGUGUCGGAUGUGCUGUCAAUUCAAUAUCUAGUAACUCACUACGUGCCGAGCCUUCUCAACAAGAUUUGCAGUUAGCCACAGCAGACGUCGAGAAUGAUGUGACGCCCUCAGACAACAUGCCUCUUAUCCUACAACCACAAAACACAAUCCAGAUAGGCACCAAUGGUACCGAAAAUGAAAAGAGAUGCUACAGACGAGGCUCAUCAUUCUACAUAAACACAGGCACCCCAAUAACAACCAUCUCUGAACCAUCCUCGUUUCUUAUUGAGCUCUGGUUCAAAUCAGUGUGCGGUUCAUGGGCAGCAUACGACUCCCCAUCUAACCCGUUCCGCCGAUUGGGAUCAUCCCUUUGGGGCUCAUCGCGACCAUUAUUCUACUCACUUCAAAGCAUGGCAGCUGCAUCUCUUACAAAGCGACAGCCUCAGAUUCAAGAGAUCGCUACAUCUGCACCACGUGUUGCAACCGAGGCUAUAAUUCACGAGCUGAAAUCCCUUUUUGAUUCGCCAAACUCCGUUACUACCGUUCCCCAUGCGCUGAUUAUAUCCUUGUUCUGUCUCAGCUCGUCGCUGUGCUGGAUGGAUCAUAAGCAACUAGGGCUGCAAUACCUGCGCCAUGUCCGUGUGAUACUGGCACUUUUGGAGAUGCGCUCCGAGUAUCUUUCCAGGCAAGAUCAAAGUCUUGUGGGCUUCUUCAAAGAAUGUCUCAUCUACGAGGAGUCUGUUCGAAGUAUUGUUACCAGCGCCAGAGACGAUAUCAGCACCCUCACAGAAUGGACACCGGCGACAUAUCCCCCGUACGACUUUGUUCUGCAUCCGUGGACCGGCGUCCCGCCAAAGAUAAUUGCUCUAUUUGGGAAAUCCAUGUCUCUGUGCCGUAGAUCACGGGAUACAUGGCGGAAUUGCACCGCGCCGACAUAUGAAGUUAUGUGGCAGACGAUGCUUGACAUCAACGAGGCGCAAAUACUUGAAGAAACACUGCUUUCUGUGCAAGUACCUAAUCUCAUCAGCGAUGCAGCGGAUGUAUACACGAACAAGGGACAGAUAAACCUUGACUUGCAUCACGCUGCCGAGGUCUUUCGCCUGUGUUCGCUUCUACAGCUCUACCAAACAUUUCCAGAUCUUGUUUCAAGAAGACUCCCCGAGAGGAUCAAUGGGAAUAUGACAAAGAUUACAUGGUCCACUUCACUUGCUCUUCAUAUCACAGGGCUUCUCUCCAGUAUUCCUGCAGAGUCAAUUCGCUGUCUGCAACCCUUGUUGUGUCUAGGCGUUGGCUCGGGACUGCGAUGCAAGACGGUAUGUACGGAAGAGAGCGCUCCCAAACUCGAGCUUUCGGAUACCAGUCGGAUGAGGUCAACCCAGGCAGUAGAAGAUGAAUUUUUCUUCGGUGCGGAAGAUUCCGUGCAGCACCAUUUUGUGGACGUGGACUUGGCCAGGGGAUUCAUCAUGGACAGGCUCAAGGGAUUCGGACAUGGGCCAGCUGCAGGACCUAUUGUCGUGCUACGGGAGUUGCUACAGGCUGUCUGGUCUUAUUACGAUAGUGAGACAGUGCCGGGGUCGGUUCAUUGGCUUGAUGUUAUGGCUGAUUUGAAGUAUGAGACUGUCUUUGGUUAG